AUGGCUGCGUCGAGCGCGGGAUCCCGGCCCGCCUUGCAGCAGGAGGGCUUAAUGGCCGCUGACAGGGGGCACAGGGUAUUGGGAGUAUGUGGCAUGCAUCCUGACCAUCAGGAAACUCUGAAAAAGAACCGGGUGGUGCUGGCCAAGCAGCUGUUGCUGAGUGAACUGUUGGAACAUCUUCUGGAGAAGGACAUCAUCACUUUGGAAAUGAGGGAGCUCAUCCAGGCCAAAGUUGGAAGUUUCAGUCAGAAUGUGGAACUUCUCAACUUGCUGCCCAAGAGGGGUCCCCAGGCUUUUGAUGCCUUCUGUGAGGCACUGAGGGAGACCAAGCAGGGCCACCUGAAGGAUCUGUUACUCACAACCCUCUCUGGUCUUCGGCAUGUACCCCCACCGUUGAGCUGUGACUACGACUUGAGUCUCCCUUUCCCGAUAUGUGAGUCCCGUCCCCCUCACAAGCUGCUGCGUCUUUCGACAGAUACUGUGGAACACUCCCUAGACAAUGGAGAUGGUCCCCCCUGCCUUCAAGUGAAGCCUUGUACUCCUGAGUUUUAUCAAACACACUACCAGCUGGCCUAUAGGCUGCAGUCUCGGCCGCGUGGCCUGGCACUGGUGCUGAGCAAUGUGCACUUCACUGGAGAGAAAGACCUGGAGUUUCGCUCUGGAGGGGAUGUGGACCACGGUUCCCUAGUCACACUCUUCAAGCUUUUGGGCUAUGACAUCCAUGUUCUGCAUGACCAGACUGCACAGGAAAUGCAAGAGAAACUCCAGAAUUUUGCACAGUUACCUACCCACCGUGCCACGGACUCCUGCAUAGUGGCUCUCCUGUCUCAUGGCGUGGAGGGUGCCAUCUAUGGUGUGGAUGGCAAACUGCUUCAGCUACAAGAGGUUUUUCGGCUCUUUGACAAUGCCAACUGCCCAAGCCUUCAGAACAAGCCGAAAAUGUUCUUCAUCCAGGCCUGCCGUGGAGGUGCUAUUGGAUCCCUUGGGCACCUCCUUCUGUUCACUGCUGCCACCGCCUCUCUUGCUCUGUAAGUGUCUCCCAAUGCAUGGGGUGUGCU